AGUGACUCCAACUUGAAAUAGAAAAGACACGUAAAUCCAAAAUGAAACCCAAAAAUUCACCCUUUUGAGAGCAGCUUUGCUUCAAACAGCUAUGUAAAUGGCUAGACAGUCAGUUAAUGCCGAUCUGGAGUUCCAUAUUCGUCAGAAUUACCCAUGGAUUCGCCUUCCAGCGAGUGUCAAACAGUCCUUGGGGAACAACCAGAGAGAAUGGGAAAAAAGUGUUUUUGAUUACAGUGUGAAAAAUCAGCUCAGAUAUCGUGGAAAUAUAGUGAGACAUGUUAGAAAAGAUGAAAAGAAAUACUAUGAAGACCUUUUGCAUUACAGCAGACAACACCUUAUGCUGUUUCCUUACCAUUUAUCAGAUGUUAUUGUCAAGGGGCUUCGUAUCACUCCCUUCUCCUACUACUGUAGCAUCAUGCAGGAUAUCAUGCAGAGUGAAAGAAGCUAUGAUUCCCUGCCAAAUUUUACAGCUGCAGACUGUCUGAGGCUUUUAGGCAUUGGAAGAAAUCAGUACAUUGAUCUGAUGAAUCAGUGUAGAUCAUCAAAGAAAUUUUUUAGACGUAAGCCAGUGAAGGAUUUACUCCCCACCAAGCCURUUGCUCUAAAGGUAUUGGAGCCCUGGUGGACGGUUCAUAUAGGAUAUGUAACAGAAGAUGACAUCAGGAUGUGUUCGGCUGCUGAACAUCAAGCUGUUGAUCAAAUCAUUGAUGGAGGACCUAAAUUGGCAGCAGAAAUGGACCUGAAAGUAGUUGAAGGUCUUUAUGCCAAAGGGUUGAUAUAUGUAGGAGUACCCAUUAAAGAUGAAGACUAUAUAGUUGUUCCUCCACUUGAGAACUUUGUUAUGAACAGAGUCCUUGGGGAUUAUUUUGAAACACUACUGUACAAGAUAUUUGUCUCUAUCGAUGAGCACACUAAUAUAGCUGAGCUUGCACAUGUUUUACAGAUAGAUCUUCAGUUAGUAAAGAAUGCUGUGUCUGUGUAUUGCCGUCUGGGAUUUGCACGCAGGAAAAGUGGAGAAUUGGGCUAUGAGUCCAAAAUUCAUAAAUCCUGGUCCGAAAAAAUACUUAAUAUGCUAUCAAGCAAAAAGUCAGGCAGUAGAGACAACCUUCUUGAUUUAGAUUUCAACCACCUUGAUGAUAAAGCCAGUACUACCCCAGGAGAGCAGUCUGCAUCCAGUAGUGAGGUCACUGAGAUGGAAACAUUACUCUCCACACAGUCGCCAGUUGAAGGAGGCCCAGGCAAGAGAAUUGCUUUCUUAUUUGACUCAACUCUUACAGCAUUCCUGAUGAUGGGAAAUCUUUCACCRGGCUUAAAAAAUCAUGCAGUCACCAUGUUUGAAGUUGGGAAACUAACUGAUGAGUCACUAGAUAGUUUUCUUUCUGAACUGGAGAAGGUUGAUAAUGUGGCAGAAGGCGAGGCACAGAGGUACUUUGACCACGCCCUGACGUUAAGAGAUACCAUCCUUUUUCUUCGAUACAAUAAGAAUCUUGGAGCAGAUAAAUGUAGUGUCCCUGCCAUGGGUCUAGAUCUUCUUCGAUGUGAGAGUCUCAAUGGUUUGGAUCCUGCAGCCUGUAGCAGGGUUUUGCAAAAGAAUUAUAGCAUGCUGGUUUCCAUGGCACCGUUAAGUCACGAGAUUCGACCAGUAACAAGUUGUGUUCCUCCUCAUCUUGGUCCUGCCAUCCCUGAGGUCAACUCUGUCUGGUUCAAGCUGUUUCUGUAUCAUCUAGUAGGGAGUGGUCCACCRUCUUUAUUACUUGUCAAAGGCACUAGAUUACGAUGGCUACCAUCUUUAUUCGAGGACUAUGAAAACCUUCUUAUAACAACCUGGGGUCAUGAUCCAGGUGUUGUACCCAUCUCCAAUGUCUUAAUGGCUCUGAAUGAUGCACUUUCACAUUCUGCCGUCCUUGUCCAGGCCCAUGGAGUCCAUUCAGAGGGGAAGGUUAUACAUGUUGCCUUUCCUCURGAAAUUAAUGAAGGUGGCUUCUCUAUGGACAACAUUGCUGCUCACCCUGCCAUCCAAAAACUCGACGAACAACUGGACCUCGAUCACUGCUGUGGCUACAUCUCCAUGCUUAACACCACAAUCAACACCAAGCCUUACCGAGGUACAUCCAAACUCUCCCCAGAUGGCAGCGAGGAGACCUCAAGGACCGCCUCUCCCUCUGAACCCACCAAUGGCUCAGUUAUGAGUUUUGAUGAAUGUCUUGAUGACAUAGAAGAUGAUGAAGUCAAUGGAGAUAGGAACUUGGAUUGUAGAUCGUCUGAUGACAUGGUCAUUGUCACUGACCGUAUUAGGCCACAGGAAGAAGGUGGUAUAGGGCCAUGCUGUUCGCCUGAUGAUUGGGUACCCUUGGAUUUAUGCUAUGGGGUACCUCUAUUCGAUAGCGACCUCAGUGAAUGGAUCUGUCAGAAGAUUUCUUCUAAUGGACUGUUCAGUGACGAUAGUCUCAAACAGCUUGUUCAGUCCAGUCGUUCGUUGACUUUGACUCUGCUGGACUUCAUCGAGGCUCAUAAGGGUAAUAACGUAACACACGAAACCUCAGACCAUAAAGCUUUCACGUCAACUGCAAACUCCUCGCCAGAAGAAACAGUCAUCGCUUAUCCAACACGAAACUUAAUAUUCAGUAAUGGAAUUUUACAAGAAUGGGACAGCAGAUGAUAGCAACAGUAGUGAAUAAGAAAAAAUAUCCGAUGUCCAAAUAUGGAUUAAUAGACGCAAAGCGAUAUGGGAUGGCUGUGACGUCAUAUGAGGCUCACUAUGCUUAGCUAUAGUGACUUUUUUAUGGCUGUGAUUCAGGCAAAUCCAAACGCGUUUUUUUAUAUCUUUUUCUUCUUCCGUGGGAUAAUGAAUUGACUAAAGCCAAAAAAAUCCGACUUUAAGAAAUUGUGGAGUUAGUGAAAAUAUGAAAAAAUGUUCUAACCUAACCAUCAAAACUCUCAACACAAUUUCCUUUCUCUCGCUAUUUAAAUGUCUUAUACGAUAUUGGCUUCAAGGUUAUUAGAUUCGCUAGUGAUCAAAGGAAGAGCGCAAGAGAUUGAUAUAGUUGUGGAACUAGAGAUUUGCCUAAUGUGUAAGCCUCUUGCUAUAAAAUGCGUUACGAAAAAUAUCAACAUUUAUUGUAUAUAAAAGGAAAAGUAAAUCGUGGCGUAAAAAUAAACUGGAUUCGAAGAGACGA